CUCCCACACCUGGGCACGCCAGCCAGACAUCCACCCACCCCUCCCCCCUCCUCCUCCUCCUCCUCCUCCUCCUCCUCCGCCUGCCAUGGAGGGCUUGGAGCCGGGGCUGGCUGAUGGCGAGGAGCGCCUUGUGGACCUGAGGCCCCGCACACGCUCCAACCCCGAGGGGGCCGAGGACCGCCGCAGCAGCAACGGCAGCCUGGGCGGAGGCGUAGGGGGCGUAGGGGGCAUGGUGGGCGCAGUGGGUGGGCUGGGGCCGGGUGGUGUUGGUAACGUUGGUGGUGGUGGUGGCGUUGGCAGCGGCAGCCAGCCCUCGGUUGGUAACCGCGUGGACGGGGAAGGAGAGGCCUCCACCUCCAGCAGCCCCCCCAGCAUGCCUACGCCCACCCCCCCUGUCAUGGCCGCCAGCAGUGGUGGUGGUGCCACAGCCGCCCAGCCCAUGAUGGUGGCAGCCAGCCCAGCCGCCGCUGCUGCCUCUGCCAACGCUUCCUCCUCCUCCUCCUCUUCCUCCUCUGUCGCCACCACCGCUGCUGCAGCUGUCGCCGCUGUUGCUAUAGCUACGCCCACACCCAUACCCACGCCUGCCCCCUCUGCCAUCUUGAACGCCGCCGCCACCGCCGGUACCGGUGCCGUCUCCAAGGAGCGGCCCAAGCCCAGCGCGCAGUCCGCCCUCUCAGCCGCCACGCAGAUGAACGCCACCGCGGACAGCAGCCUGAGGGCCCCGCGCGUCAACUGCCCCGAGAAAGUGAUCAUCUGUUUGGACCUCUCGGAGGAGAUGUCAUUGCAGAAGUUGGAAUCUUUUAAUGGAUCCAAAACCAAUGCUCUUAAUAUCUCACAAAAGAUGAUUGAGAUGUUUGUGAGGACAAAGCACAAAAUUGACAAGCGCCACGAGUUCGCUCUGGUCGUUGUCAAUGAUGAUGCCUUAUGGCUCUCUGGCUUCACGUCUGACCCUCGCGAGUUGUGUAGCUGUCUCUACGACCUGGAGACCAACAUGUGUGAAUCAUUCAAUCUGGAGGACCUCCUCAACGUAAUCUUGCCGAAGAUUGAGCUGCCACUGAUGGAGAACGUGCAGACCAUCCCCCCGCCCUUCGUGGUGCGCACCAUCCUCAUCUACAGCCGACACGCCGGACAGCUGCAGUUCAACCCCUCAGACGCCGUCAACAAAAUGCUGCAGUCCCCGUACUUCUUCUUCGACGUUGUAUAUCUUCAUAACGGAGCAGAUGAGCAAGCAGAGGAGAACAGCUGGAGGGACAUCUACGCGUCCUUCUGCAACCUGGACUCCAAGGGCAUGUGCUACAGCUUCGAGGUGUCGCUGUGUGGCCCUGCGCUGGAGCUGCAUAACUGCAUGGCCAAGCUCCUCUCGCACCCCCUGCAGCGGCCCGCCCAGAGCCAGGCGUCUUACAGCCUAUUGGAGGACGACGAGGCGCCCGAGGUGGAGGCCACCGUUUGAUUGGAGGACGACGGGGCGCCUGAGGUGGAGGCCACCAUCUGAUUGGAUCUGAUCUGAUCACAGCACACUAGAUCACGGAGUCUUAACUUAAAACACCUGCCUCCACAACCAGAGGGGUACACUAAGAAACUGGUUCAGGAGUAAACCAGGUUAAGUUAAGAGGUAAAUCAUCUAAUAGAAGAGCCUGGAGACCUCAUUGGACUCUAGGCUCUUCUAUUAGAUGAUUUAGCUUCUUGGUAUCGGCCCCUGCCUCCACAGUUGGGACAAUGCAGCAAAACAAAAACCGAGGCCACGACACAUCUCCUUCUUCCUCCUCCUCUUCUUCCUCCUCCUCCUCCUCCUCCUCCUCCUAUUCUUCCUCCUCCUCCUCCUCCUGCUCUUCUUACUCUUAUUCCAUCUCUUUGUCUUCUCUGAAAUCAUGACACAGAACCGGGCCUGGUACAGGAUGGCAACCCACCAGAGGUGGAAGCCGCGGUCCGAUCACGCUAGAGUCUUAAACACCUGCCUCCACAACCGGGACAAUGCUGCAAAACUGAGGCCACAACUCUUCUCCUUCGUUCCUCUCCUUCCCCUGCUCCUCCUUUUCCUCCUCCUCCUCCUCCUCCUCAUCUUCCUCCUCUUCCUCCUCCUUUGUCCUCCUCUUCAUCCUCUUCCUCCUCCUGCUCUUCCUCUUCUUCCUCCUGUAAUUACAAUACAACAGGCCUAAUACAGGGCAAACUGGAUUUGUCAGUUUACAAUCCAGUCUCAUAAUAUAUAUUUUAUUAUAUUUCAAAUGGCCUGAUGUUACCUGUCCAAUUCAACCAUUAACUCGUGAACAGCCAUGCAGGCAGCCAAGUGGAGGACAGGUGAUUGGGGUAAUCACCUGACUAUGGAGCUGUUUCCACUUAGCUGGAUAUGUUUAUAUGUGGAUAUUUUUUUAUCCUGGUUACAUUGGUUUUGACCUUCCGUUUCGACGUAGCAGAUAUUUAAAAUCCAGAUAUAAAAAAGCAGGCUUUAAAAGUAUCCUAUUUAGGGGGCUGAAACGCAUUUGUUACAAUGGAGAAUUUAUUUUUAUCCACAUGUUGCGUUUACACCUCAACAGUAGAAAAAAAUAUCCUGCUACGUGGAAACGGCACCUAAAUUGGAGAGGUAAAACCAGGUCAUUUGGGAUGUGUGCCACUAGAUUGUAAACUAAUGAGUCCAGCUUGCUCAUCACUGACGACAACCCACUAGAGGUGAGAGACUUCUGACAACCAUCUGACUACCACUAGAGUCAUGACAUCCACCUUAGCCUCUGUAAACAAGGUGUUGCAGCAAACAAUUUACCUUCCCUUUCUCAAUCUCAAAUCCAGCAACCCAAACUGAGGCCACUGUCUAAUGCCACUCAGACAACAACCGCCCCCUCCUCCAUCUUCUCAUCUUCUUCCUCUUCGUCUUCCUCCUCCACCUCCCAUCUGUGUCUGCUUCUGUAACUAUGACUCAGAGCCAGGCUUCCUCCCACAGCCUCAAAGCUGCAAACGUCUUACACCCACCUCUGCUUCUGAGCACCCAACACAAACCCCAGGCCACCAAUUAAUCACCUGCCCCUCUGCUCCCUCUCUCUGCUCCCUCUCUCUGGCUGUCUGUCUCCGUAAACACCACUUUCCAGCACAGCAGUCCGAGGUCUCUGUCAUCUUUAGCAGCUGGCUACUACUUAGAGUCUGACUGUCAUCCUCCUCAUCAGAAUCUCCUCCUCCACAUUCUCCUCUUCCUCUUUCUGCCUCCUCCUCCUCCUCCUCCUCCUCCUCCUCCUCCUCCUCCUCCUCCUCCUACUCUACCUUUCCUUAUUCCCCGUUCUGUCCCCUCCAAAUUCUCGUCCUUCUCCAUCUUCUUCUUUCUUGUCUUUCUUACUCUCCUCCUCCUCUAUCUUCUCUCCUUUCUUCCUCCUCCUCCUCCUCCUCCUCUAUCUUCUCUCCUUUCUUCCUCCUUCUCCACCUCUUCUACCUUCUCUUCUCCCUUGUCCUCCUCCUCCUCCUCCUCAUGCUCCUCUGCUUCUGUAGUGGUGGUGAGCAGUCUGAUGUCACCUCUGCCUCUGCCUCUGUAGCUGUACAAGCAACAGGUAGCCAAUCUCCAUCUUUAGGAAGUAGAAGUCCUGUGCUUGUGGUCGUCCCCAAGGUUAUUUGCAUGGUUGGAAGUUGAAAGCUUUUUAAAGGAACAGUGUACCAUUUUUUUUUAAGUAUCCUCCUUUUACACCUUCCUUUACAUAAAUAUUUAAAUGUUGUUAUUGAACCGGAUGGUACCAAAAACUGAAUGGUACAGUACCAACUGGUCCCAAAACACAUUUGUCAGCAAAUCUCCUGAAAUGCCCACCGCCCUCAGGAAGUUAAGUGUUCAAGAUCAGAAUCCAACAUUCAUUUAACAGCAGUGUUGGUCAGUCAACGUAACUUGUCAAAAGAUGUCGUUGGGGAGGGUCAUGCAUUUUUUUUUUGACUAUGUCGUGGAUAGGGUCGUCAAACUUUUGAAGCUCGCUAGGGGAGGGUAAUGCAAAAUUUGACAAACCAAGGGUGAAAAUCUGCUGAUGACCCCAAAAAUAAAUAAGUAAGUAAACAAGUAAUAUCACCAGAAUCAGAGAACGGCUGUAAGAGGAGGAGAAAGGCAAAACUCAAUUAUUCAAUUUUAGGGGAGGUGUAAAAUGAGUUUAUUUCCAAAACUUGCGGGCUGUGCCUUUAAGAUCAGCUGCUGCGUUGGAUUGCGGCAGAACUUCCACGUUCGGAACCAGAAAUUUCCACCACUGGCAAACACACACACACACACACACACACACACACACACACACACACACACACACACACACACACACACACACACACACACACACACACACACACACACACACACACACACACACACACACACACACACACACACACACACACAGCUCCCACACUUGCCGUGACAUCUCCAUCACCCUGGAUCAUGUUCUGAUGGUCUUAGUUGCUAAAUGUCUGUACCAUUGUCUCUUUACUUUUCCUCCCAUCCCUGAGGGGAGAGCUUUUAGUUUCACUUCUUUUGUUCUGGUUGGUUUUGGAUGGCAAGGUAUACAACUUUAUUUUAUUAUUAUUAUUAUUUUAUUAUUGUGUUUUCUUUUUUUUCUUUUGUUUUCUCCAAAAGGCCUUGCUCUUGUUCUUGUUUCUCGUUACUGUACUCUACCAGUCUUGUUGCCUAUGUGAUUGAUUUUAAAUCGAAAAAUACAUUUUAUUUUUUAUGUUGCUAUUUUUAAAUCAUGCUUCAUCACUAUAGUUAUUAUUAUUAUUAUUAUUAUUAUUAUAAUUAUUGUUAUCAUGCUCAUUACUGUUAAAUGAAUGUAGCUGGAUGGGGGAAGGACUGCUCUUCUACUGUAUUUAAAGGGCCAGUUCAGUCAAUUUCAUCAUGCUGUUGUAUUGCUCACGCUACCCUUGACUUGUCAGUACCCGGUGAUGCCACAUUUUUCGGCUAAGCCCUUUCCGAGAUAUGAGCUAUUCUAUUGGGGGCAGCGUUUGUUU